CAUUCCUUUAUGGCAGCAGCACGGCUGAGUGACGUUCCCCCGGCUAUUGAGCUCAGUCAGCCGGCCACCUGUGCUGUGAAGUCAGGGUGUGUCUCCAGCCUGUCCACGGCCGUGCCGCUGUUUGCCAAAGCGCCGCAUCGAGCAGCCUGUGUGCCGGACGUGGAGCCCUGCCGGAGCUGACCUGUCUGUGGGCGUUCCUCUGAGCACAAUGUGGGGCAUUUGCAGCAGAACGAUGGUGAAGGUGGGGAUGGCGAAACCCUGUGGCUUACUGAAACCAUGUCACUUGGUGAAGCCUGUGUCUGCAACCCGGGUCAGUGGCAGAUACCUGACCCACCAGAAAGGACUGCCCGGCCUGCCUGUCCCCCCUCUGCAGCAGACCUGCGAGCGCUACAUUGCCGCUCUGGAGCCCAUCGUCGAGGUGGAUGAGCUGAAGCAGACCAAAGAGCUGGUGGAUGAGUUUCAGAGAACAGGAGGGGUUGGAGAGAGACUGCAGAGAGGUCUGGAAAAGAGAGCACGGAACACUGAGAACUGGUUGUCACAGUGGUGGGUGCAGCUUGCCUAUCUGGAGUACCGCUUGCCUGUGGUUGUUCACUCAAGUCCUGGGUUGGUCUUACCUCGCAUGAACUUCAGUGAUAAGAAGGGACAAAUGAGGUUUGCUGCCAAGCUGAUAGCAGGUGUUUUGGACUUCAAGACAAUGAUUGACAACGAGAGUCUACCUGUUGAAUAUCUGGGAGGGAAGCCCCUGUGCAUGAAUCAGUACUAUGAAGUGCUGUCGUCCUGCCGGAUCCCUGGUCUGAAGAGAGACUCAAUUGUGAACCAUGCCAAGAGCUCCAGGCCCCCCAAACACAUUACUGUAGUACACAACUUUCAGUUCUUUGUGUUGGACGUGUACAACAGUGAUGGAACUCCGCUGACAACUGAUCAGCUCUACAUUCAGUUGGAGAGGAUCUGCAGCGCCUCACUUCAGUCCCAAGUGGAGCCCGUCGGAAUCCUCACCACACAGCAUCGCGACUCCUGGGGCAAGGCCUACGUCAACCUCAUCAAGGAUAAGACCAACAAAGAAUCAGUGUCAGCCAUCCAGCGGAGCAUCUUCCUGCUGUGUUUGGAUGGAGCAAUGCCUCGAGUGUCCAAUGACAUGUACCGCAGCUGUGCUGCCGUCCAGAUGCUGCACGGAGGAGGCAGCCAGUGGAACAGUGGCAACCGCUGGUUUGACAAGACGCUGCAGUUUAUUGUUGGAGAGGACGGGACAUGUGGUGCGAACUAUGAGCACGCUCCAGCUGAGGGCCCACCCAUUGUGGCCUUGAUCGACCAUGUCGUGGAAUACACGAGGAAGCCAGAGAUGACACGGUCUCCUAUGGUGCCUUUGCCUAUGCCCAAGAAACUACACUUCAACAUCACUCCUGAACUCAAGAAGGACAUUGAGGAAGCCAAGAGCAGCAUGAACACACUGGCCCAGGACUUGGACAUGAGAGUUAUUGUAUUUGGCCACUUUGGGAAAAACGUCCCAAAAUCCCACAAGAUGAGUCCGGAUGCCUUCAUUCAGAUAGCGCUACAGCUGGCUUACUACAGGAUGUACCAGCGCUGCUGUGCCACAUAUGAAAGUGCCUCCCUGCGCAUGUUCAGACUGGGCCGCACAGAUACGAUCCGAUCAGCCUCCAGUGCUUCAGCUGCCUUUGUCAAGGCCUUUGACGAUCCCAGCAAACAGAACACAGAGAAGGUGGAUCUGAUGGUGAAGGCUGUGACAGCACACAGGGCCUAUACUAACAUGGCCAUCAGUGGGCAGGCAAUAGACAGACACCUCCUGGGCCUUAAGAUGAUCGCUGUUGAGGAAAAUCUCUCCAUACCUGAUGUCUUCACAGACGCUGCGUACGCCAAAGCCUUACACUACCAGCUGUCUACAAGUCAGGUGCCGUCCAAGACCGACUGUGUCAUGUGCUUCGGCCCGGUUGUAUCCAACGGAUACGGUGUGUGCUACAAUCCCAUGAACGAUCACAUCAACUUCGCAGUGUCGUCUUUCAACACCUGCACAGAAACCAAUGCAACACAUCUGGCCCAGGCCAUGGAGGAGGCACUGUUGGACAUGAGGACACUACUGGAUCAAACCCCAAGAGCCAAGCUGUGAAGCCCCUCCAGACUUUACUAACCUCCUCAUAGAUGAAGUGAAUGCUGCAGGCUUAGUGUCAGUGAUGAAUCUAAUGAGUAGGAACACAACUCUUAGUGCGAUUGAGUGACGUUUGGAUGACUGGACUCCACACACACUGCUGUAGGACUACCGAGCUCCAGUUGGUAGUGUGUUAUUGAUCACCACCAUGCACUUUAAAUGAUGCUGUGUAAUGACUGGGCGGUGCUGCUACUCUGGUGGUACGACGCACAUUAAAUUAAUAAUGAUGCACAAAGUUUCUGUUUUAAAGUGUAACACUGAAGGAUGUUAUCUCAUUUUAUUAUCAACAAAUCACGCGAUGAGACUUGACCCAACAACAAAUUGUGUCAAUUCACAGUGUGCGUCUCUGUGCCUUAGACCUUCAUUGUUGUCUGAAGACUUCAAACUACAGCGCUGCUCUGCAUCGUUACAGAGAUCAUGGUUUAUUCUGUUUCAUCGUACGGAGGCCACCUGUGGUCGUGCAGUAGGAAAAUAAAGGUGUAGAAACCUGAGCGCUCAAGUCUCUACCAAUCCUUGCUAGGGUUGCAAAGGUAAAUUUCCAGAAACUUUCCAUGGGAAUUUUGGGAAUAUUCCAAAUAGGAAACUCCAUGGGAAUAAUGGAAAUUAACUGUAUAAUGGGGAUAAUUGAAACAAACUGUAUGAUAUCCAAACAUAAAUCUAAACAUUUAGUUUUGUCAUAAGCAGACAUGCAAAAUAAAACAAUUGAAAAAACA